CGGUUUCAGUUUAUUGACGUUGCCCGUGCCGCUCGCAACGUGUUCAUUUUCCACCUUAUUAUUAUUAAGUAUUAUUAGCAUUGUUUUCUUGCCCAGCUUUUCCAUUCAACAUUCGCGGGGUGGCGGCUAGUUUUUGUUUAUUUUUGAUUCCGCGCUCGUAUCGCUUUUGAUACUGUGUAUAUAUAUAUAUAUAUGGUACCGGAAUCGUGUGAAAGUGCAGCUUGGACAGACUUUUAACUAGACUUAAUAGUUGUAAUUUGCACUAAUUACCAUCCGCAAUGAACGAUUUCGGGCGAUUCGCCAGGACACAGGCUCCCAAAUUGUUGCCCUUUCUGGUCACCCUUAUCCUGUACUUCUCGCUGGUUCGCCGGGAUCCCCAGGGUGAGCUAUGGACCACAGUGCUGAAGUGUCUGCCCAUUGUUGCCCUGAUGUUCUAUGUGGUGGCCAAGGGCUUCUCUCUCAAAAAGGAAUACCGCCGCUCUCUGUGGAUCCUGUUGGGCCUGGUCUUCUCCUGCGGCGGUGAUGCUUUGCUCAAUGUGAAUCUGUUUCCCUUCGGCAUGAUAUCCUUUGGCGUGGCGCACGUCUUCUAUGUCAGUGCCUUUGGCUGGAAGCCCGUGAAGUGGCUCAUCGGAUUGGGACUCUAUGUGGUCGUUUCACUUUUCGUCUACUUUGUUCACCAAAAACUGGACGAAAUUCUUAUCAUCGGCGUGCCCAUCUACUGUUUCCUGAUCACCACCAUGCUGUGGCGAUCCCUGGCCCGCGCCGUGGAUGCCAGAAACUUCCUAGCCGUGUUCUGUGCCAUCGGAGCCAUUUUGUUUGUCAUCUCCGACGCUCUGAUCGCGGUCACCAUGUUCAUGGGCGUGCCCCUGCCCGGUGCCCGUCUUCAGAUCAUGAUCACCUACUAUGCCGCCCAGUUUGCCAUUGCGCUGAGCACGGCGGACGAUGGUCCUGCGGCGCCGGAUCAGCGUUCCUUUCGCAAGAAAACCAAGUGAAGCCAGCAGGAGUAGUGGCCAAUGCUCAAGUGGGGAAAUCCCAUGAAAAGAAUGAAAGGAAAAACAUGAACCACCAAAUUUAGUACUUCCAUAACGACGCCUAGAUGCCAUUUCAGUGCGUCUGUGUUCCCCAUCCCAGUAGCUUAGUGUAAACCAAAUAUUUGUCGUAAUAUUUCCUGUUUCUUUUUUGAGGAUAUGCAAACGGAUCUUUGUAGUUUAGUAGAUGUUUUUGUUGGACUUGAGCUAGUAAAUAUAUAUUAAUGUUAUUGAA